CGUAGUCGAUGCAGUAAUGGGUUCGCGAAUUGGCAGAAUUGAAUUUUAAUAUUUAAUUGAACCGUACCUGUAGUACAAUCAGUUAUUAUUUACACUCGAUUACGGCUGGUCGCGUCGUGGAGAGCUGUUCUAGGGUUCGCGGCAUCCCAGACGGAGAUGAUAGGUGCUAGUUUGAUGCAGUUUGUGUUCUAGUUGAGUGAGGUACAAAGUUGAGGGUCGCCGUUGUACUACACAGAGCAAUUAGAUAGCUCCGUACGUUCCGAUCGGCGGCUAAUGCACACGAUGGAACUCAGGCUCAGAAAAAAGCGGAUUUUUCCAAUGCUGCUACUGCUGCUGCUGGUGGGGGUGCUUUCGCUGGACUACGUGAGCGCACAAAACCGGAUCAAUCGGCAGAGAGGAAACAUUCUGAAAAAUUUAACCAGGACGCACGAGUACGACAAUCACAUCGUCACGAGCCAGUUGGAUGCGUCCACACCUAUACGGAUGUUCUACAGAGGCUUUCGAGAGGUAUACAAUCGAUUGCUGGGGCCUACCGGUGGACGGUUGCAAGGAGCGUUCCUCCAGCCGCACGUCAUGCCGAAUGUUCCUUUUCCGUGCGAUACCAGAGGAAUGCGGAGCAGUAAAGUGCCAACCAGCGUUCAUCAGCUGCGACCCGGUGACAUCGACAUCAUCUCCGCUGUGGGUGAUUCCCUAACGAGUGCAACUGCCGCCAAUUCCAUUGCCCUGUGGGAGCUGCUAAUUGAGAACCGUGGCCUCGCAUGGUGCAUUGGAGGGCAGGGCACCUGGAGGACGCACCUCACAUUGCCGAACAUUAUCAAAGAGUUCAAUCCGAAACUAUUCGGAUAUUCUCUAUUCGACUCGUACAAUGUUCAUCACACUGCUCAGUUCAAUGUAGCCGAGAACAUUGCGACAACGACGGACAUGCCGUACAAUGCGGCAAAACUGGUGGAUCGUAUGAAACUUGAUCCAAGAGUCAAGUGGGAAAAGCACUGGAAGCUGCUAACAUUCAUGAUCGGAGGUAACGACUUUUGCUCGGAUGUUUGCUACCAGACUAAUGCCACCGAGUGGAUCAACGAGGUACAGGAGAAGUAUCUCAUUAAAACACUGCUCUAUUUGAAGCACAAUAUGCCAAGAACCAUCGUGAAUCUCGUUCCAACUCCACUCAUCAGCCUGUCAUUCUCAAUGGAUAAGGCGCCUCAUCUUCCGUUUUCCUGCUACCUCUCCCGACCCAUCGAAUGUUCCUGCCUAUUCGGACCAAGAUAUUCCCACCGGCGAAACCUGUACCACCAAUUGGAACGAAACUUCGCGAAAAUCAUGGAACGGGUCAGCUAUUUACCGGACUUUCACAGCGAUGAUUUCACCGUGGUGUAUCAACCAUUUUUCAAGGAAGCCAGUGUUUUCUAUCAGCGGGACGGCAAAGCGGAUAUGUCCAUCAUGUCUGUGGACUGUGUCCACCUGAGUCAAAAGGGACAUGCUGUGUCGGCGAACGGGUUGUGGAACAAUAUGUUGGAACCGACGGGAAGCAAGACUGUUGGGUUUAGGAAGCUUUUUGAGGAUUUCAAGUGUCCGACGGUAGCGAAUCCUUACAUUAGAACGUAUUUCAACAGUUGAUGGUCUGUGAUAUUUUAGGUUUUAAGUGAGAUUUUGUUAUUGUUUUAUAUUUUUGGUAACAAAUUUUUGUUUAUUUCAACAAGUGAUUCAGUAUGAGAAAAGCAGAUGAAACUAUGAAUAAAUUAACUCGAGAGUUGA